AUGACACAUUUUCUGCCUCAAUUCAUCCUCUUCGGCGCCUCUAUGAUCGAAUGGGGUUUCCAGGAAGAAACGGAAGGACUCGGAUGGUUUCUUCAGGAUGUGUACCGAGACAGAAUCAGUGUUAAAAACGAGGGUAAGCAAAACUACAGCUACACAUCUACUCGCCUCCUUCCUGCCUUCGACCGAAUCAUCGCCCAAGCUACAUCUCCCAAUGCGCCACGCACCCUCCUCUUCAUCAUCUUCUUAGGCGCCAACGAUGCCUGCUUUGUCGGCAAUGCAGAGUAUGUGGCUCUGCCGACUUUCGAGGCCAACAUCCGCAAGCUCGUAGAGACAAUCCUUGUUCAGGACGUCAUGACUGACACCAAGAUCGUGCUAAUUACGCCACCACCUAUCAACAUCCCAGCUCCGGAUGCUAAAGGCAAAGAAGGAGACGAGAUUCGAACUGCAAACGAGGUAGAGAGGAAGAAGAAGGGUUACAGGACGUACAUGAGUAAGAAGAGGUAUGCAGAACGAGUCAUGCAAAUUGCUAGAGAGUAUGAAGAGACUACGCGGGUCAUUGGGGUGAAUUUCUGGGACGAUUUGAUAAGAACUAGACUGCAAGAGUUUGAUGAGGGUUAUGAUGAUGAGAAGCUGCCAGGGUCUGGGCUAUACGGGGCAAGGGACUUCGGUGAGGGUUACUUCACUGAUGGGCUGCACCUGGAUAAGAAGGGAUACACUGUGCUCUCGAAGGGACUUUACGAGGCGGUGCUCGCAAGAUGGCCUGGGCUAGCUCCAGACCGUCUAUAG